AUGGUCUUGAAUGUCGUCGAUUUUGCUCCGACGAAGUCAGAAACUACCACCGCAACACCAUCAUCACCAUCGACAACAAUACCACCACUAGCAACAUCGACAUUGCCACAAACAACAAUAACAGCAACAUCAGCAGCGACGGAAAAAAUAACUACAACCGGCAUACGACAGUCAGGAUGGUCUAAUACUCGUAGUAUGAAUAAUGCGCGAGUUCAACACAGAUCAUCCUUAUUAACAAAUGGAAAAGUAUUAAUUACUGGUGGAUAUGAUAAUGAUGAUGAUUUCAGUGGUACGGAGUUGUAUGAUCCAUUAAUAGGUACUUGGACAACGAUCGCCAACAUGAAUAUUCCACGAUAUUCGCACACAGCAUCCGUUUUAACAAAUGGAAAAUUAUUAGUUACUGGUGGAGAAUACAGUGGUCAGGAUCCUUCAGAUAGCACCGAGUUGUAUGAUCCAUUAGCACAAAAUUGGACAACUACUGGUAAAAUGAAUUAUGUUCGAAAUGGACAUUCAGCAUCUGUAUUACCAAAUGGAAAUGUUUUAGUUACUGGUGGAUAUGGCGAUGGUGAUAUUUUUAAAACUGCGGAGUUAUAUAAUCCAUUAACACAAAUAUGGACAAGUACUGGUAACAUGAAUCAAGCACGAGCUUAUCACACAGCAUCCGUAUUAGCAAAUGGAAAUGUGUUAGUAAAUGGUGGCGAAGAGGAAAUCUAUACUGCUUUAGAUAUUGCUGAGUUGUACAAUCCUUUAACUGAGAUCUGGACAACUACUAGUAACCUUAAUAAUGGACGUUAUAAGCAUUCGGCAUGCUUAUUAACAGAUGGAAAAGUUUUAGUUACUGGUGGAUAUGCUAGUAGUGGUGCUCUUAAUAGUUCUGAGUUAUAUGAUCCAUCGACAGGGACUUGGACAACUACUGGUAGCAUGAAUAAUGCUCGAGCUGAGCACACAUCAACUUUAUUAGCAGAUGGAAAAGUAUUAGUGACUGGUGGAAAUGCUAUGCAUGGUUUUCUUAAUAGUACUGAAUUAUAUGAUCCAUCUACAGGAACUUGGACCACUGCGGGUAUCAUGAAUAAAACACGAGUGUGGCAUGCAGCAUCUUUAUUAGCCAAUGGAAAAGUAUUAGUCACUGGUGGAGAAGAUUUUUCUUAUAUAAUAACUAAUACUGCAGAAUUAUAUCAAUCAUCGUUUCAAACAAAUUAA